AUGGAUAUCAUGAUGAAGCAUUAGCUCAAUUAAAAGAAUCAAACAAUGAAACAGGCAAAUAAAAAUGAUGUGGUGAUAUAUAAUUAAGUCAUGCCUGAGGUUGACUAUUGGCAAGGAAGAAAUAAUCAAUUCAUGCCCUCAUAGUCAUUAGAUUAAUCAUAACUUUUUAAUGAUUCUAAGUUUGUUGGAUACGAUCAAAAUAACAUCUAGAUAAAUACUGCUUAGUUUCAAACAGACACUGCUUCUGAUGGAGCAAAUGUGACACCAAAUAACAAUAUCCUACCCAGCAAUUCCAUACAAUUAAGUUUAGAAAAUUUCAAAUCCAGUUCAAAUCUUGUUUAAUUGCCGCCCUAAACUCUUCCUAACACAGAGAUUAUUUCUCAUUUGUAGCCUUAAUUUGAAGAGCCCUAGAUAAUUUUACCUCCUUUGUAAUUCAAUCACCAACUUAUAGCUUAGUAUGAGUAAGUAAUGCAACUUAUGCAUUAGGAAAUUCAGACAUUGCUUCAUAAAAACAAGGAUUUACAAGAAUAGGCGCAGAUCAAUGAAAGUAGAUAAAAUCUUACGGCAAGUGUUUAAGAGUAGAGCAACAUCCAAUAGUUUCAACAAAUGAUGAAAGAGAAAGAUGAUCUGAUUGAAACAUUAAGGUAAAGAGAGUAGGUAAUUAUGUCUCUGAGAGUCGAGCUUGAUAUAAUGAACCAAAGUAACUAAGAACUCUAAUAAAAUUAGAACUCAUAACAGUAAUAUCAAAAUCUUAGUGAGCAGCAAUUGAAAAAUAGAAAUGAUUAACUUUUAGAUAAAGUACGGAAGCUUGAGAAAUAGAAUAGAGAUUAUGAACAAUAAAACUUUGAGUUAGAGUAAAUGACCAGGCAACUUUAAAGAGAUUUAAAAAACUAAAGCAUUAUCAAUGACUAGAUGAGAUAAGAAACUUAGGAUAUUAACAUUAAAAGAGAAUAAGGAGAUUUACUGGUACAAGAGGUUAAGAAUAAGUUAUGUUAGAAUCUUAUACAAACAAGGCAGCUGCAAAGCGUGAUCGAUAACUAGAUAAUUGAAUUAACUAACUUGCAGAAUAUUAGAGGUCAAUAGGAAAAAUUCCUAGAGUAAGCGAAUCAUGACAUUGAACAGCUAAGAGACUAAUUAAAUGAAUCAGAGGGAAUUAAAUUAGGUCAAUUUUAGAUAAUGGAAAGAAAGGAAAGAGAAAUUUAAAAUCUGAGAGCAAUGGUAAGACGGUUCCUUGCAUUGAUAGAAACUCACAGAGAAGAGUUCGGAGAACUUUAAGAUGUUAACUAUGAUUUACUAUUCAAAGAUGUCUCUAACAGUAAUAUCUCAUUCCAGCUACCUCCAUCAUAGUAUCAUCAUCUAUAAAGCUCAGCUCAUAAGCAUGUGAAAUUUGAGGGAUCUGUAGGUCCUGCUUAUAAAUCCAAGCCACAGAAGUAGUCCACUGAAAAUGAAGACUAUUAUGGAAUGGUAGAAAAGCUGACAUAAUAUGUGAGAGAGAAAUCAUAAGCAGGAACAUCAAAUCAAUCAUUUGCUUAAUCUUAAGGAAGAUAGCGAAGCCCAAAUAGAUCUUAUAAUGAAGCAGAUUACACAAUGCCUAAGUCAAUUUUGAAAAAUUAAAAUCAGAGCAUGUAGAGUGAGCCUUAAGCUUCGCCUUAGAUAUCUUGGGUUAGUAGUACAGUUAACAGCGGACAGACCAAUCACAAUUAAUCUUAGUAACAGCUUUAAAAGCCUAGGGGGAAAAGUCCAGAUAGAAAGCCAAAUGUUGAGGGACUUAAGGCAACAUUAGCCUCUCUAAUAGAAGAGAAGAAUAACCUUGAAAAGUAACUCAGAGCUGGAGACAAUAGAAAACCAUAAGAUGACCUGAAAUUUGAAAUUGAUUUAGCAGCAAAUAAUAUCAAGAGGAUUCAAGAAAAAAUUCAGGCUGCUUCAUAGUGA